UGACGUCCGCUACGCCGGCGUCAGCGCCCCGUGAAGAGGAGGGCGAAGACUCCAUCCGCCAUGUUGGAUGCCGCAGAUUCGCCAUAACCUCGCCGGCUCUUUUCUUAAAAAAAUAAAAAUAAAAAGCGAAGCAUCAGCGGGGCGCCCCGCCUUCUCGGUCGGCGCGGGAGGGGGCCCGGAAGAGCCCGAGGCUUUUUUUUCCUCCGCGGUGGGGGCGUUGCCAUGGAGACGCGGGCGGCAGAGAACACGGCCAUCUUCAUGUGCAAAUGCUGUAACCUUUUCUCACCAAAUCAGUCGGAGCUCCUCUCCCACGUCUCCGAGAAGCACGCAGGAGAAGGGGUUAGUGCGGACGAGAUCAUCAUUCCCCUCAGGCCUCUGAGCACUCCUGAACCCACCAACCCACACAAAAGCGGAGAUGAGUUUUCAGUCAUGAAGAGGAAGAGAGGCAGGCCGAAGGGGUCCACGAAGAAGCCCAGCAGCGAGGAGGAGCUGGCAGAGAGCGUCGUCAGUCCGCAGGAGGGCAGUCCGCCGGCCCCAGAGGAGGGGAGCAGCCUGGCUCCGGGCAGCUUGGAGUGCGGCCAGUGCCGUCGAAAGUUCUCUAACCCGCGCCAGCUGAGGAAGCAUGUCUGCAUCAUCGUGCUGAACUGGGGUGAGGAGGACGGAGACGCAGGUGAUGAAUCUGACCUUGAACUGGAAAGGAAGUAUAAGGAGGAUGAUCGAGAAAAGACUCCAAGGAGGCCGCGGACACAGAGGACGGAGAAAGUCCAGAAGAUCUCCUCGGGAAAGGAGGCCGGGCAGGUUUCCGGAGUGAAGAAGCCCAUCAUAAGUGUGGUUUUAACGGCACACGAAGCUAUUCCAGGUGCCACCAAGAUCGUUCCAGUGGAGGCCGGGCCCCCGGAGACGGGCACUGCAAACCCCGAGGCCACCCCGGCCGACCUGGCGCCUCGGAGAGGGUACCAGGAGUACGCCAUCCAGCAGACGCCGUACGAGCAGCCCAUGAAGUCCAGCAGGCUAGGGCCCACCCAGCUCAAGAUCUUCACCUGCGAGUACUGCAACAAGGUGUUCAAGUUCAAGCACUCGCUGCAGGCGCACCUGAGGAUCCACACCAACGAGAAGCCGUACAAGUGCCCCCAGUGCAGCUACGCCAGCGCCAUCAAGGCCAACCUGAACGUGCACCUGCGCAAGCACACGGGCGAGAAGUUCGCCUGCGACUACUGCGCCUUCACCUGCCUGAGCAAAGGGCACCUGAAGGUGCACGUGGAGCGCGUGCACAAGAAGGUCAAGCAGCACUGCCGCUUCUGCAAGAAGAAGUACUCCGACGUCAAGAACCUCAUCAAGCACGUCCGGCACGCGCACGACCCGCAGGACCGGAAGGUGCAGGAGGCCCUGGACGAGCUCUGCCUGCUCACCAGGGAGGGCAAGCGGCAGCUGCUGUACGACUGCCACAUCUGCGAGCGCAAGUUCAAGAACGAGCUGGACCGCGACCGCCACAUGCUGGUGCACGGGGACAAGUGGCCCUUCGCCUGCGAGCUCUGCGGCCACGGGGCCACCAAGUACCAGGCGCUGGAGCUGCACGUGCGGAAGCACCCGUUUGUGUACGUGUGCGCGCUGUGCCUCAAGAAGUUCGUCAGCUCCAUCCGGCUGCGCUCGCACAUCAGGGAGGCGCACGGGGCGGUGCAGGAGGGCGGGCUCUUCACCAGCUCCAUCAACCAGAGCUUCUGCCUCCUGGAGCCGGGCGGGGACGUGCAGCAGGAAGCGCUGGGGGGCCAGCCGCAGCUGGCGGAGGAGCAGUUUGUGUUCCCGGGCGUGAGUGCGCCCAAGGGGGCGGCCUGCCCCGCAGACGCUGGGCCCGGCGAGGGGGCUGACGAGGGGGCCGGGAAGGAGCCGGAGGCCGCCGCGCAGGAGCCCGCCCCGCCCGCGCACUUGGCCGCCCCCCAGGCCCGGGGGGCCGCCCUGCCACCCUGCGGGCUGGAAGCCGCCGCGGACGCCUCGGACCUUCCUUCUCAGGCGGUGGUCUCCGAGGAGUUUUUACUGAAAAGUGAUCCCUCCCCUGCUGAGGCUCGCACCGUCCCCGUCCCCGAGGAGACCUUGGACGCCCGGCGCGGAGCCUCCUCCCAGACUCAGGGUGAAGAAGUCCCAUCACUGCCAUCCAAGGCCGGAAGUGCGGGAGCGAACCUGGACGCGCGGGGGGCCGAGAGCCCCCCAGAGGCAGGGCAGAAAAUGGCUGCCGUCCCGUCCGAGGGACCAGAUCCUAGUAGGUGUCUCAGGUCAAACCCAGGCGAGGCCUCGGACCUUCCUCUGGUAGCAGGUGGAGGGGACGUGGCCCCGCCGCAGCCUGACUCUUGCAGUCCGGCCUCCGAGCACCGGGCCGGCAUCAGUGCGUUCAUGAAGAUCCUGGAUGGCUUACAGAAGAGAAGGAUGAACACCGGCUUGUGCGAGAGGAUCCGGAAGGUGUACGGGGACCUGGAGUGUGAAUACUGCGGCAAACUUUUUUGGUACCAAGUGCACUUUGACAUGCACGUGCGCACCCACACCCGGGAGCACCUGUAUCACUGCUCCCAGUGCCAUUAUUCCUCCAUCACCAAAAACUGCCUUAAACGCCACGUUAUUCAGAAACACAGUAACGUCCUGCUGAAGUGUCCCACCGAUGGCUGCAACUACUCAACUCCAGAUAAAUACAAGCUGCAGGCACAUCUUAAAGUUCACACGGAACUGAGAGCAUUGGAGGACAUAAUACGCAUUGGGUCGCGGAGCAGCGCCGGUCUGCAUGGUAGACCUCGAGGCCCAGCCCUGCCCUCUGCUGGCCCGGCCACCUUCACUGGACCCUCAUCUGACAAAAGGAGUUAUUCUUGUCCUGUGUGUGAAAAGUCUUUUUCAGAAGAUCGAUUGAUCAAGUCGCACAUCAAGACCAACCAUCCGGAGGUCUCCAUGAGCACUAUUUCCGAGGUUCUCGGGAGGAGGGUUCAGCUGAAAGGGCUGAUUGGAAAGAGAGCCAUGAAGUGCCCGUAUUGUGAUUUCUAUUUCAUGAAGAACGGCUCAGACCUUCAGCGUCAUAUUUGGGCUCAUGAAGGUGUGAAACCCUUCAAAUGUUCUUUGUGCGAGUAUGCAACUCGCAGCAAGAGUAACCUCAAGGCUCACAUGAACCGUCACAGCACUGAGAAAACCCACCUGUGUGACAUGUGUGGCAAGAAAUUCAAAUCAAAAGGGACGUUGAAGAGUCACAAGCUCCUUCACACUGCUGACGGGAAGCAGUUCAAGUGCACGGUGUGUGACUACACGGCAGCCCAGAAGCCCCAGCUGCUGCGGCACAUGGAGCAGCACGCCUCCUUCAAGCCCUUCCGCUGUGCCCACUGCCAUUACUCCUGUAACAUAUCCGGCUCCCUGAAACGGCACUACAACAGGAAGCACCCCAACGAGGAAUACGCCAACGUGGGCACCGGGGAGCUGGCGGCCGACGCACUCGUCCAGCAAGGUGGUUUGAAGUGCCCUGUGUGCAGCUUUGUGUAUGGCACCAAGUGGGAGUUCAACAGACACUUGAAGAACAAGCAUGGCCUGAAGUUGGUGGGAAACGAAGGAGACCCCAAGUGGGAGCCAGCAACAGAAGCCCCCGAGGAGCCCUCCACCCAGUACGUGCACAUCACAGAAGCCGAAGAGGACGUUCAGGGCACGCAGGCAGCCGUGGCGGCGCUCCAGGAUCUGAGAUACACUUCCGAGAGCGGGGACCGACUUGACCCCACGGCUGUGAACAUCCUCCAGCAGAUCAUCGAGCUGGGCACCGAGGCCCAUGAUGCCACCGCUGUGGCCUCAGUGGUUGCCAUGGCUCCAGGGACAGUGACUGUCGUGAAACAGGUCACGGACGAGGAGCCCAGCUCCAACCACACGGUCAUGAUCCAGGAGACCCUCCAGCAGGCCUCCGUGGAGCUGGCUGAGGAGCACCACCUCGUGGUGUCCUCUGACGACGUGGAGGGCAUCGAGACGGUGACCGUCUACACUCAGGGCGGGGAGGCUUCGGAGUUCAUCGUCUACGUGCAGGAGGCCGUGCAGCCCGUGGAGGAGCAGGCGGUGGGGCCGCAGGCCCAGGAGCUCUAGGGGACACGCGGCGGCGGCUGGACGCCACGGGGCGGGCCCGCCAGGCUCUCCGCGGGACGGCACCCUUGGUGGCUCUCUCCUCCUCGGUCCCCGCCCAGGCGGCCAGAUGGGGCUCCCCUCGUCCCCCUUUGGGGGGGCAAGGCGACCGGCAUCACCAGCAAUACAGGACCCCCCGUUCCCAGCCCAAACACACACACCCCUUCCUCUGCGUCCUCUGCUUCCGGAAAGACUAGGCAUCGACUUCCCACACAGCCCAGGCCGCGUCGCCCCUUUGCUUCGGGAUUCAUGCAGGGACCCGGUGCCCGUCAGCGUCUGCCCUGAAUCACACCCCCAACUCCCUGACCCCGUGCAGGUGCCCAGCCUUCCUCUGGGACCGCUCUGUGGCCUGAAUGAUGGGAGGGAGCCAGCCGGCACGGAGAAAGUGACCUUUUGGUUUGGAAUCCCCUCCCGGGGAAAAGAGGGGAGGGGAUCCUGGCUUUAUCCACAAGGUCCUACUCCCCCACGUCCCCAAGUGUCGAGGGCACUUGUUACCGCUUGCGGAAACCACAGUUGAGGACCUCUUGUUCCCGCAACAGGCGGGAUCUUAGCUUACGUCUUAGAAUCCUGCUUUUUAAAAAAAAAUGCACUUUUUACUAUUCACCUCCCGUUCUAUGAGAUGUGGUGGGUAGAAUAAAAACAUUCUCGGCCUGAGCA